AUGUUCCUCUCUCGUUGUCCGUCUGUGUUUUUCAAUCAAAAACGGAUCUGUCGCUAUUUGGGGUUCAGCGACGACUCCUUUGCCGUAGCCGUUCCCAUUGACGAGCAGCCUGAGCCAAUCUAUCAACUUUCACCUGCCAUCAACAUAGAUAGUACAUCAAUCCGAUUCGCGCCACCUAACGGCCUUACCUUCCAGUUUACUACCUUGAGCCAGGUAAUAAUAUCAGUGCUAUUUGGGGUAACGCGGCUCGAUACCGGGAUGCCCUUAGACUACUCGCUCAUUGCACCCGGUCAAGUAUUCAGCUCAAACAGCGGUCAACCCCAGACCUUUGUUUCGCUAUCAACCCAGGGGAUUCUUAGAUCCAACAUUGGCUUGAUUGUAGUCAAUGUAGUUGGCCAGACAAGCGAAGCGCAGGUUAAUGGCCACUUCUUCCUUCUCAAUCUUACUCGGAAAGCCCCCGACAAUGACCAGAUAGACAUUAUUGGCUCACGGGUCCGUAUAGGAGACACAUUUUUCGACCUUAAGCACAUUUACAGAACCUCUGAAACCCCUGGCGAUGCUACAUCGACGACAGCCGCAUCCAAUAUCAACGCGCCUUGCGUCAUCUGUAUGGGGAAACGGUGCAGCUCUAUUCUGCUUCCGUGCCGCCAUAUGUGCCUUUGUCGUUCCUGUGCUCUUGAAUUUCGCCGUAAAGCAACGCAAUGCCCUCUUUGCCGAGCAGAAGUCUCGUCGCUCAUUGAUAUAAGUGACAUAUCUAGCGAACUGCCGUUGAGCACGGCCGCUACCGGCGGUAGCACAGCUCAAGUCGGAGCCGUCUCAAACCAGGCAGUGCUCUAG